AAACAUAUUUUAGUCGUUACACGUGUGUUGUGAAUGUUGCAUAUAUGAUUUGGAGUCCCUUUAAUUUAUUCGAUUGACAAAUACUGGGUUUUUAAAAACUACUCGGUUUAGAAGAACUAAUCUUACCUGAGCGUCAGUAAUAAAUUAAUGACUUAAGUCAAAUUUACAGUUUUAUAGGGAUGAAAUUUAAAAAAAUAUAUUUUCUCGAGACCAAUAGAAUAAUAAAUAUAUAAAAUGAGCAUUAGUAACUCUAAUGAUUGUUUUAAACAAGAAAAUGAACAAGCAGACGAUAGUGAAGAAGAAAAUGAAGAAACAGAAGUAAAAAGGGAUACAGAAGAAGGUAAAAGUAACGAUGAGAUCAGCGACGAUCAUUCGUUGCAUUGUAUUACUUACAGCACACUUAGCUCAUCUCCUAAUUCUAUUAGUUGGUCUGCAGAUGAAAGUUUAGCUAUUAUAACUGAUAAACGGAUAUAUGUCCUUAAAAUUGUUUCAUCAUGUAUGCGGAAAAAACCUGGAACGGAUUUCGGAUUAAAGUUUGAAACAACUGUUGUUGAAAAUAUAAAACCAGUAAGUUAUGAUACUGGGGUAGACACAAAUAAUUUUUGUAAACGCAUCAAUGGUUCAUUUUUACAAAGACAGUCUUAUCUAUUAGAUAGUGCAACAUUUGAAAAUGAUAACUUUUGUGUUGAAAAUAAAAACAGCUAUUGUCAACUAAAAUGGUCGCCUUUAUCUUCUACAAAAGAUGGUAGAUGCAUAUUAGCAACUUUAUCUUCUAAUGGAAAUGUCUAUAUACAUUCAUUGAAACAAAGUAUUGGUAAAUGGAAUCCUAUUUUAAAUGUAUCAAAUAUAUUGUUCGAUUAUGUUAAAGUAAGGAAUUGGUUAGAUUUUAGCACUUGCAAUGAACAAAAACACUCAAUAGAAAAGCAUUUUGACUUUAAUUGUGAACAUUUUGAGCAGCAUAGAUUUCGGAAACAUUUACUUUUUACAACUUCUAUUUGCUGGUGUCCUUCAAUUAUUCCUUGCAUUAAUUGCUUUCAAAAACCUAGCUGCGAUCGCAAUAUUUUUUUAAAUGACAAUUUCAACUCUUACAUUAAGUGCAAGCAUUCUAAACUAGUUUUUUUAACUGCUAGCAAGAAUGGCUUUUUGUUUUUAUGGCUAGUAACUUUUUCAUUAAUGGAAGAAAAUCAAAACAAUGCAAAAGUUAUGUUAUGGUGGAAGACAGAUAUAAUGUGGCCUGUUUCAACAGUCAUUUAUCAGUAUAGUAUAUUACAAUUUUUAGUUGCAGUUGGAUUUAAUGAUGGUUGCAUUAAGUUAUAUCAUGUUCAUGCUGACGAGGAAAAUAACAACUAUGAAAUUAUACAAAUUGUAAAUAUAUGGCCAGAAAAUGAUCUACUUCGCGUAUCUUUCCUUGAAUGGAUUAACACUAAUAAUGGCUUUUUGCAAUUGGUGGCAGCUAAAGAAAGUGAAAUUUUAGUUUUUAAAAUUAUGGUCCAGGAAGGCCAAAUAAUAUGCUUAGGCUGUGAAAUUUCACCUAGCUGUCAUAGUUCUCCUAUAACCUCAUUGCAAGUUAUCAACAACAAGUUUGUGUUAACGUCAAGCUUUACUGCCACACAGUACUUUGAUAUAGAAAAUAAAAUAGUGCCUGUUUGUGAGAAAAAUAUCUUACGUGGUUUCAAGUGUCUUGGUGCAUCUGUAGAUUACAACAUGACUCUCCUAGCUCAAGUAUCCUGUCCCAAUAAGUUGCUUCUCCAUCAGACAAUGUUUAUAAAGCAAAUGGAAAUAAGUUUCUACCCUUUCCUAUCCAUCGAUGCUUUGGCAACCAAAGUUUUAGAUGGUAGUAUGGAUCUGAGCAUGAAUGUUCGUGAAUUUUUUGCAGUAUCAUCAACAGAUAAUUUUCUUUUACCAACAGUGUUACAUAAAUACUGUGAUGAGCCAAUUUGUUAUGAUGGUUUAACUAGACAAGAGUUGCAAAUAUACUUAUGUUUUAAUAAAUUACGCCACAUGCAGCUGGAAAGCUCAAGGGCAAUAUUAACACGUGAAGAAGUAGAAAGUGGUGAGGUAAAAGGUUUGCAUGACCCUGUUUUGCAAAAGUUAAAUGAUGUUAUAGAGCGUCUGUUCAUUCAGGAAACUUUAAACAAUGGGCUUUAUUGGACCUCAUGUGGCUUAGUACCUACAUCUACUAAAAGUGUACUGAUCUUAUCAUUGAUGGCUGACUUUUUGUGGCAGGCAGAUUGCAUAGCACCAGAUAUUUCUAAAAGAUGUUAUAGCCAGUUUGGAGAUCAUCAAUCCUUACAUGCUUUAGAAGUGUUUGAAAAACAAAGGUUGCUUCCGUUAACGUCGUCGCCUUCCAAUAAAUGUUGUGAGCCUGUAAAUAAUGAUAUAACUCGGUGGAAAUGCUCGCGUGAAAAAUGUAUAUUUUGUGGUUUAGAAAUAAUUUUGGACUCUUUAAAUCAUGCUAUUUGUCCAAAUAAACAUUGUAGCUUAAGAUGCUCGUUAACGCUUCAAGUUUGUAUAGCGAGCACUUACCGUAAAUGUGCUGGUUGUAACAGAAUAGCAUUAGAUAAAGUUUUAGACGGACAGCUGAGCCUGGAAGCCAUAUUUUUAAAUGUCGAUGUGUGUCCAUAUUGCGGUUGUAAAUUUGUCUAUUGUAAUAGUAAGCAAUAAUAAUAAUGAUUUUUAGAAAUUUAA